UGGAGAGGAAGCUUUGGGCGCGUGCCGCAGCGGCGAAGCGGGUGAAGAAGAGUGCGCAUCGAGCGUGUAUGAAUCUAUCUGUCGCGCUUGAUCGGGGGUUUUCCAGCUUCAGUGCGAAAUAGCAAACCAGGAUUUUCUUUAAGUGUGGACGCUUUAGAAUUUUCGGCAUUCUGUUCUCCGCAUGUGAUGUGAGUGAGGGUAGCUCUUAUUAAGCCAUGGCGGCCAUGGAGUCACUGCGCCUCGCUCUCGAUCCUUUCCCGGCGCUGGUCGCUUCUGCACCUCCCUCAAAAGUCGAUCGUCAGUUGCGUGAGGUGGCCGCUGCUCUCACUGCUCUACUUGCGUCGGAGCAGGAGAUGGAUGAAGUAUUGCAGGAAAGGCAGGCUGUGCAAGAUGCAGUGCUCCUUCUGCUUGAUACUUUUUGCCGUGCACAUGCAGAAGAUCAUAUGUCAGACCAUACGAAGUUGGGGUCGUGGCGUUUGCCGUACGUAGCCAUGCUGCACAGCUAUUCUUUUUUGCAUCUGCCUCUUAUAAGACAUUUGGAGAUGUUGUUGCACUCUUCUGGAGCUUCCCUGGGUCCUGUACAGUGCUCAGCCCUUAGCGCUUUCGUUUUAUUCAUGAACCCCUUUCAUAUCCUUCCGAAAGAUGUGACAGUAGAUGUAGAUCAAGUAGACAGUAAUUCUAAAGAUUUCAAACACAGUACUUCGCCAAGUUCCAAGGACAGUAUGGAUGGUAUUGAGAUUGCCAACAAUUCUCCUAAUCGGGAACUGAAGUCAACAAUGAAGGAAAAGCAAGUGGGUAAAUGUCGUGUUAAAGCAUUGUUUGAAUGGCGUUGGGAGGCUUGCUUCAAAGCCGAAACUUCGGCCCUUAAAUCCGCAUACAAGGUUGGGCACGAUUGUCAGGUGCGAAGUGAAGGCUCGGAGUCUGGGAGGAAUGCGGCAGAGUGUAUGAAAAAUCUAUCAGCAGAGAGUACGGUAGCAGGCGACCAUUGGAUGAAUCAAUUCUAUAGCGCAUUUGCCACAGACAAUGAGAAAAAUAUUCUUUGGGCUACUCGUUUUGCAGCAAGCUACUUGCGGAAUGUGGUUGUGUAUUGGGAACAUAUCAUGUUUGACAAGGGUACCAAUGAGACUUGGCUGCUUACCGACUUGGCACUCCAGCUCAAGAACAUCACCUUGGUCGGUCCCAUCUUUGUGGCAUUUGUCCCUCAGAACAUGGUCAUAUUUCUCAUCUGGCUCCAGCAGCGGUUAGACUUCGCUAACGUCUUCGAGCAGUCAUCCGAGAGUGCAUGGUUGAAGAAAGCCUUGGCCCUCUGUGAAACAGUUCUAGCCAGCCCCUUGGGAGUUCUACUGCGAUCUACCAAAGUACCCUUGUCUUUGAGCAAAUUUUUCGAAAUGGAAUUAAGAAUAGGCUGGAAGGAGUGGGUCUUGAGCAAGAGUCGGCUCCUGUUUUUGCGGUACGUUACCUGGAGGUGUACUACCUCUGGAGCUUACGAGUAUUUCCGCUGGGGUCUCUUGUGGAAAGACUAUGGUGGCGAUAGAGCACGUGCUUGCCUCGCGUUAACAGCAGUUUUCCUUACCUCUCAAUGCCCAAAUAAUGUUGAGUCUCGUCUUAUUGAAGGGCACCUUUUGCGUGUCGGAAGCUUUCGGAAAAGUGCUGAUGACAUGCAGAAGAGCUCAUGGUCUGGAACAAAGAAGCAGUGUGUUCGUGCAGAUACUCCUGAUACACAGGACGUGCCCUAUUGCAUGUGGCUGAAAGAAUCUGAGCCAAACCCUGCUGAGGUGCAUGUGCUCCAGAUUAUCCUAGAGCUCGCAUCGAAACUGGACCCGCAACAUGGACCUUGGCUCUUGGAGGUGGCAUUUGAUUGUCUCAAUAACCAAGCAAGGAUGGAGGAUGCAAUAUUGAUGCACUGUGAUGCUUGUACCUAUGCACAUAAGUGUAAGAGCAAGCAUUAUAAUCCCGGAGUUUGUAGUGCUUACAGGCUGAAGAGUUGUAUAGCUGCUCUUCCGCCCUCGCAUUAUCUCUCACAUGAAAGUUUACAUAAAAUGGAGAAAGUGUUCAAGUUCUGCUGGCUUGGGGAUGGACCUUUCUCAAGCGACUUUGCUGGUCAAGUUCUUUCAUCUUUCCAUAACUCAAGUACAACCACUAUGUUUCUGAAGGCAGAAAACGAAUGGAACACCCUGUUACUGGCUGCAUGGGUGCGUUUUUUCGAUGUUGUUGGACCGCAUAUUUUGAAUCUACAUCAUAUGAUCGGUGACUUUGAGCUUGGAUCAAUUUUGAAGCAUUUGCAUGCCACGCAACAGUUCCUUACGUCUAAUUCCAAAAGUGUUAGCGUGGACACAGAUGGCUUUAAAGCGGCUGCUAUAGCUAUGCCGCAACUUGCAGCUGUUACUAUGAUAGAAGCCUUACUCACUGCGUCUUCCAGCACAAGUUUUAUACUAAAAGAAGGCUAUUUGGCAAAGCUCGCAACAGUAGCAUCUCAACGACAGCAUGAAGUAUCGGUUAGGACCCUGGAUAUCUUAAGAAAGGUUACAGGAGGACCUAGGGAGCAGGAAGCAUGUAGUCACAAGGACCAAACGACUGUUUCUGAUGACUCUACAAGCCUCUUCCUCAAAUCCCUCUUGUUUAAACUUGUUGAUUUGCUAUCAGUGGCGGCAAUCCCCAAUUCCGACUUGAUCAUUAAAAAGUGGACAGCUUUGGAGUACAAACGGAAGUGGGUGUCUGAUUAUACUCCCUUGCAGAAGGAACCGCGAGGUGGCAGAAACUCAACAAAUGUAUCUUUGGAGUCUUUAGAAUUAGAGUUUGAGGAGCGAAUCGACAAUCCACUGAGAACCAUUUGGGACAUUCUCCUUGGGUGGGUAGUUACUUUGAUUAGACUUUCUCCUGACUCGACAAGUUCUUUGCUUACCAGCGCCAAGGUGUCUAAUGUUUCCCCUCUUGGGGAAACUUCUGUCCAGGGUCCAGGAAUUCAGGCUACUGGUCUGAAAGCUCUUACAUUAAGUAUCGUAGUCGCGGGUCUACCUAGAGACACGGUGACGUCUCUUUUGCAGUCCAAAUCUACUAAAGCAAGCUGGAUCCUCCUCUUGGCACAGAUGCGCUUGGGUCUUGACGAGGGCUUUAGUCAAUUAUUUCUUGGUAAUGUAAAACCUUUGAACUGCAACUCUUCUGUCAUUAAGGCAGAAAUGGACUUUCACUUACUUCGGUUGCAAGGUAUCAUACAGGAAAGUGUAUGAUGGACUUCUGCGAACCACCCUUAGUGGUUUACAUUUUCAUUAAAAUUGUUUUCCUUCGAACUUGUACAGUGGACAAUUUGCCACCUUCACUGAGCUGUUAAAUCUGUUGUAAGA